CCGUCCACAGCUACACACGCUUGGUAGACGCGACAUUGACCGGCCUGAUUGGUUUAGUGUUUCUUCGUCUUUAACCCGGACGUAAAGUCUCCACCACAGCACAGAACGACUACGAAUAGGCUGAGGAUCUCGGCGGCCCUCUCUCACUUCCGAGACCCUGAUGCGCAGCAUCUUAGUCCGAGGUCGCAAAGACAGAAACGAACCGUACACGUACCUCGUUUCCUAGCCUUCAAAUCGACACCCGGCCCCACGCGCGUAGUGCGUCCGAGCUACGAAUAGAUGACCCGAGAUUCCCUUAUCCCAGAUCCCCGAGCUCUCUCAACUCCGCGCCGGGUUCUUCUCCUACCGAGAUGCAGAACGGCCAAAACGGCACAGGCACAGGCAUAGCCGACCAGCACGAAUCGGACGACGGGGACCAUCCAUCGCAUAGUGGGGAUGAACGCGAUGGCCGCGAUGAACACGACCAUGACCAGGACGAUCUAGAUGCCCCUCGCCUUGGGAAACGCAAGAGACCAAUCUCCGUCUCAUGUGAGCUGUGCAAGCAGAGAAAGGUCAAAUGUGACCGUGGCCAGCCAUCAUGUGGAUGGUGUGGCCGAAAUGGCGCAUUUUGCGAAUACAAGGAGAGAAAGAAGCCUGGUCUACGAGCCGGAUACGGUCGCGAGCUCGAACAGCGCCUCGACAAGCUUGAAGAGAUUCUCAAGGCUCACUCGGAGAUCUUGCAGUCCACGUUUGCCUCUGCUCAGCAACAGCUGAAUAAGGCCAGCAACGGCAAUAGCAACGGCAACAGCAACGGCAACAGCAACAACGCCGCGCCAAGCGUCCGCACCAGCAACCCGAGCCUACCCAGCGAUCAUGGGACCCCGAGGGAGAGUGCAAAUGCAUUCCGUCCUUCUGAGCUCAUCCGCACGCCGCAAGCCGAAACCGCCCUCUUCCUUCAGAAGCCCUCUACCUACCCGUCCACGACGCAAGCCAUGGACUUUGGCAUGCCACCCCCUACCCCUACCAUCCACGAGUUCCAGUCCCAGGUGCACAUGGGCUCAAUGCCCGCCCCCAGCCACGUCGGCACCAUGCACCAGCAACCUACUCCUGCAGCCCAGGCCUAUUAUAAUCCGAACCAACAACACCCACUGCACUCCCCUGAGGCCGUCAUGGUAGCAACCCAGGAGGCCACGACGACGCCGCCGGACCAGGACCUCCCACCCUAUGAUCUGCUCUACGCACUCGUUGACCUCUACUUCAAACAUAUCAACACGUGGUGUCCGAUUCUUCACCGCAAGACGACACUAGACUCCCUCUUUGGUCCCACCACCGUAAGCGAAGAGGACCGGAUCCUUCUACACGCCAUCGUCGCGACGACAUUACGCUACUCGACCGACGCAAGGUUGACGGACGAAAGCAGGCGGCACUUCUAUUCCGUUGCCAAACGACGCGUCCUGCUUCACGGAAUGGAACACUCGUCAGUCAAAUCGCUACAGGCCCUCGUCAUCCUUGCCCUAGACCUAGUCGGAAGCAGCAACGGGCCGCCGGGCUGGAACGUCAUGGCUCUCAUCACCCGGUCCGUCGUUCAGCUCGGGCUCGCUGUGGAGACGACCUCGUUUUCCGUUUCCCCCAGCUACACCUCCAUUUACACCCUACGCGCCAUGAUACUACCGGAGCCGCGGGACUUUGUCGAGGAAGAAUCGAGGCGGCGAUUGUUUUGGACAAUCUACCUCCUGGAUCGCUACGCGACCAUCGCGACCGCCUUUGAGUUUGCGCUGGACGACAAGGAGAUUGACAGAACGCUGCCCUGUCGCGACGACUUGUGGAUGAAGAACCGAAAGGUCGAGACGCGCUGGUUCCGCACCCAGGACCGCUCAGAAGAGACCAACCCGGAGUACGAUGCCGACAAACCCGAGAACCUGGGCGCAUUCUCCUACUACAUCGAAAUCCUGGCCAUUCUUUCCAAGAUACACAAGUUUCUCAAGGAGCCGGUAGAUAUCAGCGCGCUCGCCGACGUGGAACGAUGGCAGAUGAGGUACAAGGAGCUGGACAGCAUGCUGACGUCCUGGAAAUUCGGGCUUCCCGGGGAAUACGGCAACAUGGCCAAGCUCUUCCAGCCCGGGAAUAAGACGCUCAACUGCGGCUGGGUCAUGCUGCACGCCACGUACCACACGGCGGUCAUCCGGUUACAUUCGUCCGCGGCGUAUCCGACGACUCGGUCCCCCAUCUUCACGGCUUCAUACAGUGCCUCGCAGCGCUGCCACGGCGCAGUGGAGAACAUCGCCGCCCUGGGGGAGUUCGUCGUCCACCAGAACCUCCUGACCAAACUGGGCCCCCCCUUCGCCUUCACGCUCUGGGUGGCAGCCCGGCUGCUCCUCGUGCACGGCUCGACGGUGGAACACAAGGUCUCCCCGCAGAUCCACUUCUUCGUCGACACGCUGCGCGAGAUGGGGCGGCACUGGCCCGUGGCGGCGCGCUACUGCGAGCUGCUCCAGCGCGUGCUCGACGAGCACCGCGACAGCGAGCGCGCGGGCGACGGCGUCACGCCCCGCUCGGUCAAGAUCCUCUCCGACAUGCGCCGCACGGCGUUCGACCUCGACCUCCUCAUCUCGCGGCAACCCCCGCGCGCCGCCCACGGUCUGCCGACUCGGGGUCGCGGUAGUCGGCUUCCGAGCGUGACGCCGACGAGGACGCCGGCCCCGAACGAGCUUGCGUACCUUGACGUUUUCGACUUUUUCAAUGUCCCUAGGUUGCCGUUUGGCGGGGAGCUCGCCGCGGGGAUUCAGCAGGGGUUGGCGGAAGCGGCGGGCCAGAACGGUGCCCCUAGCGAUGGUGUGGACGGAGGCGGCGAGGACCCUGGGCGGGGUCAGCCACCGUCUACUAAUGAGUUUAAUAUCACGAAUUUCAUGGUGGAUGCAAACAGCGACUGGUUAUUCAAGCAGGACGGGGGGAAGUAUAUGCCCUGACGUUGGGGGUUUCUUUCGGUCGGCGAACAGGAGUGCAUCAUCAUGUGGGCGGGUCAGGGGCAGGGGCAGGGGCAGCAUGAAUUAUCUUGACGAGUAUUCGGC